AUGUCCACGCUCUCAUUCUUGGACCGCCAGAGACUCCUUACCAGUUCGGUUUCUUCGAGGUUCUUUGCGAUCAAAUUUGGAAAGGACUAUCCCGCAAAGCCUCCUAGUGUCCGAGCUUUAACUACAAAUAAAGGACGUUGCCGGUUCAACCCUAAUAUCUAUGCUUCAGGCAAAGUUUGCUUGUCAAUUCUGGGCACUUGGCACGGGGAACCUGGAGAGGAGUGGUCAUCUGCACAAGGCCUGGAGUCUAUCUUGAUCUCCAUUCAGAGUCUGCUGUCUAACAACCCAUAUGAGAAUGAACCAGGGUACGAUAAGACCCACACAGCAGAGGAUAACGAAUCAAAGAUUCGCCAUGAGAACCUCCGAAUUGCAGUCAUUGAGCCUUUGGAGUCAUCACUGGGAAUCCUGCCAUAUGGAAGUACAAGCACGAUUGCAGACCGAGCAUCUGAGGGCGAUGGCGAUGACGAAGAUGAUCAAACGCUGAGCCAAAAUGACAAACCUCUUGUUGAUCGAUUCGCAGACCUUCGCAAAAGACGAUUCUUAUGGUAUUUCAAUUCCUACAUCCAAACGAUUGAGGCCGCGGACUCGGAUAUCUCUCGAACGCGCAAAUUCCAGAGAAUGCCUUUCGAAAGCCAGGGCAAUACUAUGGAUGGCCACUUCGAUUACCCUGAAUUAAGGCGGCGGGUAGUUCUACUCAGGGAAAAAAUCAUUUGUGAGACGCACAACUGGUUGUCUGAGGGACUUGGUGUCAAGAAACAAGAGCUGAGUAUCGCAUCAAAUCUGCAGCGCCAGUAUGAACAGAUUGUUGAGGAUCUCAAGCGUCAGAAAAACUUCGCCGUUGAUCUUGAGCUUGUUGACACAAAUCCUUUCCUUUGGGCAUUUACCUACUUUGGUAGGCCAAUGAGCCAUUUGGACGGUGGUAUCUUCAGGUUUAAGAUCUACAUCAGCCCAAUUUUUCCAGAAGAACAGCCUCGUGUCUUUGUGGAGACGCCCGUAUUCCAUAUUCGCGUAUCCCGAGAAGGAGUCCUAUGCUAUUCCCCACGUAAAACAGAUGAAAUGCGUUAUCAUAUCGAAGCGAUUGUGGCGGCACUCGAAGAAGAAUCCCCGCCAUAUGAUCCACGGACUACAGUUAACCCUGAGGCAACUAAGCUUUUCUGGGGCAGUCCGGAAGAUCGCAAGAGAUAUAACAGGGCAUUGCGCCGAUCUGUUGAGAAAAGCGCCGAGUGA